AUGUCGCGGAACAUCCCGGAAGUUAACGGCGCGUGUAGACUGGGGACCUGCGGGCUGUGGUUUAGAGCGCCCGGGCAUGCUCGCAUGAAGCGCAGUGGCUUCCGUCGCCGUCCGGGCGGCGGGCAGGGACCCUUGAAACGGCUGCGGCUGGCCGUGAAGGACUUCGUGCGUGCUACCUCCGAGAGCGAAGCCUCCGAGAGCCGCAGCGCUGUGGCGGGCUCCCGGCCCGGAGGUCGUAAGAGCCGCAAGGAGCUUCGUAAGGAGAAGCGACACCUGAGGAAAGCGCGGCGCCUGCAGAGGACAGUAGGCUCCGCGCCAGGGGACCAGGACGGGAGUGUACGCCUCGACGGUAGCCCGGAGAGUCGACCGCCUGCUGAGAUGAGACCGACCCCCGCCAAAGCCACAGCAACCCCAGCCAAGGCCAGUGCUCCCUCCGCUAACGCCAAAGCCUCGGCGACCCAGCCUAAGGCCAAGAGUCCCUACUCCAAGGCGACUUCAGCUCAGGCCAAGGCUAAAGGUGCUCCGGGAAAGCCUAGUCCCGCCACCGCCACUGCCCGUAAGCGAGCACUUCUAGAGGCCAACGAGGAGGAGGACCGAGAGAUCCGAAAGCUGGAACGAUGCCUCGGCCUCCACAAGCGUAAGAAGAAGGGCGACGGUAGCUCGGUGCCGCUCAGCUUCGCGCGCGACGGGCUGGACUACAUCCUGGGGGCCCUGGAAUGUGGGAAAAGCGGCGGCCUGUACGAAAGCAGCGAGGAAGAGGAGGAGGAAAAGGCGGAACCUGGACAGACAGUCUCGGAGAGUGACCUAGAGAGCUAUUCUGAAGAAAGUGAGGAGGACCCAGACUGGCAAGUGCAGCAGGAGGAGGAUCCGGAAGAUGUCAAUUCGCAAGGGGAAGGAGAAGCAGAGAGUGAGACGCGAGGAAAUAAAGGGAGUAAGAGAGUGCGUUUUGCCGAAGUUGUAGAAAAGAGGGAAAGUUCUUCCGAAGAUGACAUAGAACAUCAGGAGAGUCACUGUGUUGAAAGUGGUGAAAAGUACAUCCCUCCUCGAUUGAGGAGUGAGGAGACAAUAGAUGUCCACAAGAAAGAAGAGCUAGACAGGCUCAAGAAACAUGUUAAAGGCCUAAUUAACAGGCUGAGUGAGCCAAACAUGGCUUCUAUAAGUGGGCAGCUAGAGGAGCUGUACAUGACCCACAGCAGGAAGCACAUGAACGACACCCUGACAGCUGCUCUCAUGGAUGCCUGUGUCACUGCCUCAGCCAUGCCCAGCAGAUUGAUGAUGGAGCAUGUCUUCCUAGUCAGCAUCCUCCACCACACGGUCGGAAUAGAGGUUGGCGCUUGCUUCCUUGAAGCUGUGGUGAAGAAGUUUGAUGCUGUCUAUAGAGAUGGAGGUGAGGGGAAAGAACUGGACAACCUCUUUACCAUGAUCGCCCAUUUGUACAACUUCCACGUGGUCCAGUCUCUCCUCAUCUUUGACAUUCUAAAGAAGCUUGUUGCAACUUUUACGGAAAAAGACAUUGAGCUGAUCCUGUUGAUGCUGAAGACUGUGGGCUUUGCGUUGAGGAAAGAUGACGCCUUGUCACUCAAGGACCUGAUCACAGAAGCCCAGGCCCAGGCCAGUGGUGCAGGCAGCAAGUUUCAGGACCAGAACAGGGUACGGUUUAUGUUGGAAACAAUGCUGGCUUUGAAGAACAAUGACAUGCGUAAAAUCCCUGGCUAUAAUCCUGAGCCUGUGGAGAAACUGAAGAAGUUACAGAGAGCUCUGGUUCGAAAUGCUAGCUCAGGUUCUGAGACUCAGCUUCGCAUCUCCUGGGAUGGCAUCUUGAAUGCAGAGCAGACUGGUCGCUGGUGGAUUGUGGGGUCUGCAUGGAGUGGGACUCCCAUGAUUGACAACAGUCACCACACACACCUGCAGAAGCCACUUGAAGGCACGGUAAGCUCUAAGAUGCUGGAGCUUGCGAGGAAGCAGAGGAUGAACACUGAUGUCAGGAGGAACAUAUUCUGCACUAUAAUGACAAGUGAGGACUUCUUGGAUGCCUUUGAAAAGCUGCUGAAGCUUGGGCUGAAGGACCAGCAGGAGAGAGAGAUAGUUCAUAUCCUCAUGGAUUGCUGCCUGCAAGAGAAAACCUACAACCCUUUCUAUGCUUUCCUGGCUAGCAAGUUCUGUGGCUAUGAACGGAGAUUCCAGAUGACUUUCCAGUUCAGCAUAUGGGACAAAUUUCGGGACUUAGAGAAUUUGCCAGACACUAAGUUCUCAAAUCUGGUUCAUCUGCUGGCACACCUGUUGAAGACAAAGUCACUUCCCCUUUCUGUUCUAAAGGUAGUUGAAUUCAGUGAAUUGGAUAAACCCAGAGUUCACUUCCUACGGAGAGUGUUGACUUCGCUGUUGAUGGAAACAGAAGAUGAUGACCUGGCUGUAAUUUUUUCAAGAGUGUCUGACAACCCAAAGCUGGGGAUGUUACGAGAAGGCCUGAAGCUCUUCAUCAGCCACUUCUUACUGAAGCACGCACAGGCACACCAGAGUGCUGAGGAAGCCAGUCUGCUGAGAGAGAGGGCAGGCCUUGCGUCUAAGUCUUUACAGGGCAAAGCCAUCCUAAGAAUGUAGCCAAAGGGUAGGGAGCAUUUGACUAAGAGAUUGGUGAUUUGUGAAUUCAAGGCCACCCCACCUCUGUGAGAACAGGAGGAAUUAUGCUGUGCUCUGUCAUGACGUAAAUACUGUAUUUUCUGAUUUUUAGAACCAGGGUUGUAUUGUGUACUUCCAAUGUAUAUAUAUGUAUACAGCAGGUCAGAGGAAAGGGGGAGAGAAGAUGGGGAUUAAGCCAUGAGGGGAGGGUUGCGAUCAUAAAUUGAGGGCCUUUUUAAUCUUCUGAAAUGCUGGUUUAAAGUUAAAAGCUGGGCACAUGGUGGUGCACGCCUUUAAUCCCAGCACUUGGGAGGCAGAUCUGUGUUCAAGGCCAGCCUGGUCUACAGAGUGAGUUCUAGGACAGCCAGAGCAAAUUGUGCAACCCUAUCUCAAAAAAAAGUUGAAAUGCCUUAAGAAACUAUGAUGCUUAGGUCCUGAUAUCUCCCACUCAGCAGUCCCACUGACUUCGGGUCGGUACUGAGUACUUGGUGGGAAGAAGAGAGAGAUAAGAGCAGAGAUAAAAUGAUGGUGUUAGAUAAGGAUGGCACGAGCUCACAGGCAGUCAGAGGAAGGAGGGCCUUGGAUGCAUGGCUUCCAUGAGGCCUCUUUAUUCUACAGCCUUAUGGUUUGCUUUCUCUCUUGGAUGCUGUGGACUUGGCUAACCCUGACCUUCAGUUGUAACUAAAUAGAAGUAGAAAAAUCCUAAAUCAGAGCUUUUUCUCCCAGCCAUGUUCUGUGGAGAGUGCCCUUGGCAGCCAGGCGGGCGGGCGGGCCGGCGGGCCGGCGCAGACGAGGGAUGCUGCUCCCAUGUGACUCACUCCUUCUGUUAGAGUUUUGAACAGGGCAUCCCUGUAGCAGUGUGUUUGAGAUGACCACGUACAGUCAGGAGGUCUCCAUGCAGGUCCCUGAGAACCGAGCCUUGAGGUGAGCCAGCAGUGCCCGCUGCUGUUUUUGUUGCUGUGACAAAACCUGACAAAAGCAGCAUACGGAAGGGUGGCCUGGGCUCACACUGUGGAGGGACAUCACAGUGGGAUAUCAUGCGGCAAGAGCUCAGGGUGUCUGGUCACGUUGCGUCUGCAGUCAGGAAGCGGAGACAGACACGGGUACUCGGUUCACUUCCUCCUUCUCAUUGAGUCCAAGCCCCCAGCCUGCGGGAUGGUGCCACCCCUGUUCAGGGUGGGCUUCCACCUAGAUUAGCCUACUCAGACCCCCACUCCCAGAGGUGUGCCUCCGAGGUAACUGGGAUCCUAUCAGGUGGGCAGUGUGUAUAGAUUUGCGGUUAGGAGUAAAGCUCCAUUUAGAGCACCUGUUCAAACUCUAGGCUCACUCCUCAGCUUUACACAAAAAAAAGGAAAAAAUUUUUUUUUACUUAUCUUUUCUAAAUUUUAUUUAAGUGUGAGUGUAUGAACAUGUGUACAAGUGCUUUUGAAGGCCAGAAGAGGGCUGUCCUGGAGUGGAGCUCCAGGUGGUUGUGAGCUGCCUAAUUUGGGUUGUGGGAACCAAACUGAGCUCCUCUGAGGAGGACAGCAAGCACUCUGAAUCAGGCCAGAUCUCCAGCCCCGGUAUGUCUUCCCCCUCCACACACACACACACACACACACACACCAGCAUAUCUCCUUGUAACCCUAGCUGUCCUGGGACUCAGUUUGUAGAUUAGAGAUCUAUAUGUAUGAGAGAUCACUAUGUAGAUCACAGAGACUCACCUCUCCACCCCACGCCCCCAUGGAAUUAAAGGCAUAUACCACCAUGCUGGGCCCCAAUUCUGUGUGUGUGUGUGUGUGUGUGUGUGUGUGUGUGUGUGCUUCUUACAGUGAAGGUUAAGAACUAACGUAUAUGCUGGGUGCGGUGGCACACACCUUUAAUCCCAGUGCUUUGGAUGCAGAAGCAAGCAGAUCGCUGACAGUUCUCAGUCAGCCUGGUCCUCAUAGCAAGUACCAGGGCUGAAGAACCUGUCUCAAACAACAACAGACAUAUAUAGAAUCACUUCUCAAGGGGCAACUUCAUCUGUAAAGUAAAGAUGUACAUUUUAUGUAAAAAUAAACAACUUUUAAGCUA